AUGGAACUUCACAGCUCAGAUAUCAUUAAUUUCAAGACCAGAGAGCUUCCAUCACUCUUAGUCUUGGUUCUCUCUCUAGCCUUUGCCUUCACUGCUUCGGCAUCGUCACAGGGCAUCAAUUUCAGCUUCCAGACUUUCAACGAAAGUAUCAUAAAACUCGAAGGCCAUUCAAGUUAUGAUGGGAGCUUCAUCCAACUUACAAAGUCCAUUGAACGUGAGCCGCUCGGUUGGAGCGUGGGGUGGGCCAUGUACCGCGAGCCGAUGCGCCUUUGGGAUAAGGCGACCAGGAACGUGGCGGAUUUCACCACCCAAUUCACCUUCGUCAUUGAUUCGAAGAGAAAUUCGUGUUUUGCCGAUGGAUUGACCUUCUUUCUUGUGCCCGAAGGGUCUGAACUCCCAGGCAACUCGUCGGGAGGACAACUUGGUCUUGAAAGUCGGCAAGGCAGUCCGCCCAGCUCUGUUUUUUCAUUUGUAGCCAUUGAGUUCGACACUCGCUACAAUGCCGGUUUCGACCCAAAUUGUUCAUAUGUUGGUAUAGACUUGAAUGAUUUCAAUUCCACGAAUCCACGCUGCGUCGAUUGGUUCAAUGAUAAAAUCAUGAAUGGUGGGCGGAUUAAUGCUACGAUAGCAUACAAUUCUAGCACGCAGAACUUGACCGUUCUCAUGAUAGACGCUGAUGCCACGAGUACCAACAUAAAUUCCUCCGCCAUCCAUUAUAUAGUCAACAUGACACAGUAUUUGCCGAAGGAGUGGGUAAAUUUCGGUUUCUCGGCUAGCACAGGUUUAAAUUUCGAGUUGCACACUAUUGAGGCAUGGGAAUUCAGCUCUAACAUGCACGUGGCUGGAAAAAAGAGCAAGUCAUGGCUGUGGUCUAUCUUAGGCUCAGGUUCUUUCCUAUUGUUCGUUCUUAUUGGAGCCUUUAUUUGGUUUCGUCACCGUUCGAAGAGCACGAGAACAGACAUGAGUGGAGAAGAAGAUCAUCUAGCGAUUGACGAAGAAUUCAACCAAGUGUCAGGCCCCAAGAAAUUCACUUACAAGGAAUUGGUCGCGGCAACCAGUAAUUUUGCAGUCGAGCGGUUGCUUGGAGAAGGGGGCUUUGGUAGAGUAUACGAGGGUUACUUGACCAGCAUGAAUGUUAAUGUUGCAAUCAAGAAGAUUAACCCAGGGUCAAGACAAGGGAUAAAGGAGUUUGCUACUGAAGUGAUGACCAUAAGCCGGCUACGACACAGAAACUUAGUCCAACUCAUUGGAUGGUGUCAUGAGAAAAAAGAACUCCUUCUUAUCUAUGAGUUCAUGUCUAAUGGUAGCCUUGACUCUCAUCUAUUCAAAGAACGAUCUUUCUUGCCAUGGGAGAACCGAUACAAAAUCGCGCAAGGCAUAGCCUCGGCAUUACUCUACCUCCAUGAAGAAUGGGAACAAUGUGUUAUACAUCGGGAUAUAAAGUCCAGCAAUAUCAUGCUCGAUUAUGAUUUUAAUGCCAAAAUAGGAGACUUCGGUUUGGCUAGGCUGGUUGACCAUACAAAAGGGUUACAAACAACGAUUUUGGCUGGAACCAUGGGUUAUAUGGCUCCUGAAUGUGUUUACACGGGUAAGGCUAGCAAGGAAUCAGAUGUCUAUAGCUUUGGAGUUGUUCUAUUAGAAAUAAUUUGUGGAAGAGAAGUCAUCAAGCCAAGGGCCGAGGAAGACCAAGUUAGGCUUGUGGAUUGGGUUUGGGAGCUAUAUGGAACCAAGAGGCUACUUGAUGCGGCAGAUCCGAAACUUGGUAUCGAUUUUGAUGGGAAUCAACUAGAGUGCUUGAUGGUUGUAGGGCUAUGGUGUGCUCAUCCGGACUACACUGCCCGUCCUUCCAUAAGAGAAGCAUCAAACGUUCUCAACUUUAACACUUCAGCACCUGUUCUCCCAUCAAAAUUGCCAGUCCCUACAUACCCAGGGCCUCUAUCCACAUUCUCUACGGUAUCGAUUCCUUUGUCUCAUGCUGCCUCGACUAGUGGCAUUGAAUCUCCACAUUUACUACCUCUUCUGUAUAAUCCUCUUAUUCAACUUCCUCCACAUUGCUCCAAAAUACAGUAUGAGUUGCUACUUUCGUGGAUAGAUUCACGGCGACUCCUGCCAGCCUCCCGGUGGGUCUGUCGUUGGGCGGCCGAGAACAACGAGUGUCAAGAUGGCUUCCAGAUAGUUGUGAGGGUCAGGGUGCUUUGCGCGUCGUGA